GAGCUGAAUUUCCUCCGCAGCACCCCAAAACCUCCGAUUCAGCAGCAAAUCCCACCAGACACACGAAAACCUACGAGAAACCUCAAAAAACAGCAACAUGUCUUGGCAAACGUACGUCGAUGACCAUCUGUUGUGCGAAAUCGAAGGCAACCACCUCUCCGCCGCAGCCAUCAUCGGCCACGACGGCAGCGUCUGGGCCCAGAGCGCCACCUUCCCUCAGUUGAAGCCUGAGGAGGUGACUGGCAUUAUGAAUGACUUCAAUGAACCGGGUUCACUUGCUCCGACCGGGCUGUAUCUUGGAGGGACCAAAUACAUGGUGAUCCAGGGUGAACCAGGAGUUGUGAUUCGAGGAAAGAAGGGCCCUGGUGGUGUCACUGUGAAGAAGAGCACUAUGGCUUUGUUGAUCGGGAUUUAUGAUGAGCCGAUGACUGCUGGCCAAUGCAAUAUGGUUGUCGAGAGGCUUGGGGAUUAUCUCAUUGAGCAGGGUCUCUAGUUACCUUGUGAGAAGAAAAACUACCUGUAUUGCUAGCGUUGGAACCUCUUGCAGAAACAAUAUUGGGUGCUUGAGAAGUGAUGAUUAUGGUCUUGUGUUAUUGUCUUUGUACUUUGAUGAUUUGUAUUGUAUGAUUUUCAAGCGAGGUACUUGUCCAAUGGAUUUCAGUAAUGGAUGUUGGAAAUUGAUUUGCAUGAUUUAUAGAAAAUUUAUUUUUAUCA